AUGAGAGAAAGUAACCAUGGCUCCCUGACCUAUAACCGCAUACAGGUGUUUGUGUCACCUGCUUUCCCAUCACACUCCUGCCUGCUGUUCUUAACCACAGUCAUGUCUCAUGCAGGGGCAGAAGAGGUUCCCUUGUCCCCCUCACUUGUGUCUGGGGCUACGCCACCCAGCCCACCUGCUGCAGGAGCUCCAGAGAAAUCUCAGGGAGCCCGGGCCUCUAGUUCUCCUGAUGCAACCAUUUCCUGUGUAAGUUCUGGUGAAUGUGCCAAGAGCCAAAGAGAGGAAAAUCCAAGUUCCUGCUGGGCCUUGCCCUCCUUAGCAAGCUCUAGAGAAGAUCUUCUAACCAGGAAAAUGGGCCUGUUAGUGCAGGUUUUCAUGCACAAGUAUAAAAUGAAAGAGCCCAUUACAAAAAUGCUGAAGAUUAUCGACAAGAAGUACAGAGCACUAUUUCCUGAAUUCUUCAAGAGAACUGCUUAGCACAUGGAGCUGGCCUUUGGCCUUGACCUAAAGGAAAUUGACCCUACACGUCACUCUUAUAUCCUUGUCAGCAAACUGGAUCUUACCAAUGAAUGGAGUCUCUGCGAUGGCGGCAUGGACUUUCCCAAGAAUGGAAUCCUGAUGCCUCUCCCAGGCAUAAUCUUCUUCAAUGGCAACCGUGUCCCUGAGGAAGAGAUGUGGAAAUUCUUGGAUAGGAAGGGGCUCUAUCCUGGGAGGAGGCACCUCAUCUUUGGGGAGCCCAGGAAGCUCAUCACUACAGAUUUGGUGCAGCAAAAAUUGCUCAAGUACCAGCAGGUGCCCAACAGUGAUCCUCCACGCUACGAAUUCCUAUGGGACCCAAGAGCCCAUGAUGAUAAGAUGAAAGUCCUGGAACAUUGGGCCGAAGUCAAUAAUACAGAUCCCACUGCCUUCCAGAGCUGGUAUGAGGAGGCGUUGAGAGAUGAGGAAGAGCGAGCCAGAACCAAAGCUGCAGCGAGGCCCCGCUCCAGGAACGAGACCAGCAGUUCCUCCCAGCGCUAG